AUUUAAAGGAGAAAAAAAAGAUAGAGAGAGAUUCGAUCGUAUCGCUCACGAGCUCUCCCUCUCUCUCUCUCUCCUCCUCUCGAUCUUAACCCAACAAAAACCAGCGUUGCAAUUCUGUGAUUCUGAGCUUAUUCUUCUUGUUCGUCUUUUCUCCUCCAUCUGCCCAAUUUGGGAUACUCUCGUUCGGUCUCGCAUCCUCCCUCUUUUCUGUUUUAGGGUUCCCGAUUGUUGAUUCUGCCCCUCCAAUUCCUACUCACAUUCAGCGCAUUGCAUUUCCAUUUCCGUGUCCAUUUCUCGAAGCUCCUUCAGCUCUCACGCUUGGGUGAUUGAAUUGAAGGGGCACGGUGUGGAAAAUAAUUCGAAGGCUUCGUUUGAGUUCCGAUUGAAGUUUGGAUGUUUGCUUCGCGGAUGGAUUCCGGGCAGGAAGCCGGCGGUGGAGUUGCAGCAGGGACGGUGUUGAUGCGGUUUGUGUGGCCUCAUGGUGGUCGAAGCGUAUUAAUCACUGGUUCUUUUAACGGAUGGGGCGAGCUCGUUGCCAUGGCUCCAGUUGAAGGUUGUCCUAGAGUGUUCCAAGCAAUUUGCAGCAUAUCUCCUGGUUACCACCUGGUGAGUUGGUCUGUGCUUCAGUUUUUCAAUUUUUGUUAUGUAGUUUCAAGUUUCUCCUGGGCAUUCCUAGUUAUUGAUGCUUGUGCCGACACCUGUGAGCUUAGUGAAUGGAAUAGCUUCAGUUUCCUCUCUUGUUUUGCUGCAAUUGUGCAAUCCAAGGCAGCAGAUUAUGUGUUACUCCUUGUUGCUCCCAAUUUUUUUUGGUAUAGUAGUUGAUGGAAUAAGCUCCUGAGCUCGGCCUGAAUGGGAAUUUAAAUAGUUUACUGUGAAUUUCAGAUUGCACACCUUGUUGCAGAUGCCUGAUUUUGAUAGCUGUUUAUCUUGAUGACGAGGUUUUUAGUAUUUUAGUGUGUUUGUUAUCAUAUCAUAUGUAAUAUAGCUUUACUUAUGGUGGUUGCAUCAUGCAGUACAAGUUUUACGUUGAUGGGGAGUGGCGGUAUGAUGAGCACCAAUCUUGGGUAACAAGUGAAUAUGGCCUAGUAAACACUCUCCUCUUCCCAAUGGAUGCCAAUCACAAUCCCACAGCAGGUCCAGAGUUACAUGCGAACAUGGAGUUGGACAAUGAGCACUUUAGGCGUGUGAUGCAGGUCCAUGUCUCUGAUGGUACCUUGAAUGAGGUUUUGCCAACAAUAUCAGAGGCCGAUGUGCAGGCCUCUCGUCAUCGUAUUUCCGUGUUUUUGUCUACACAAACUGCGUAUGAGUUACUUCCAAAGUCGGGCAAGGUGGUUGCAUUGGAUGUCGAUUUACCAGUGAAGCAAGCUUUUCAUAUCUUAUACGAGCAGGGAGUCCCGAUGGCUCCUCUUUGGGACUUCAGCCGGGGCCAGUUUGUUGGAGUGCUGAGUGCUUUGGACUUCAUCUUAAUAUUGCGAGAGCUUGGCAAUCACGGGUCAAAUUUGACUGAGGAAGAACUUGAUACACAUACAAUAGCUGCUUGGAAAGAAGGAAAAGCAUAUCUUAAUAGACAAUUUGAUGGCCAAGGGAGAGCUGUUACUCGGCAACUAAUCCAUGCUGGACCAUACGACAACUUGAAAGAGGUUGCUCUGAAAAUAUUGCAAAACGAUGUGUGCACAGUCCCCAUAAUCCAUUCAUCAUCAGAUGAUGGAUCAUUUCCCCAGCUACUUCAUCUUGCUUCGCUGUCAGGAAUUUUGAAAUGUAUUUUCAGGUACUUCAGGCAUGUUUCUGGCUCCUUACCUGUACUGCAAUUGCCCAUCUGUUCGAUUCCACUGGGAACUUGGGUACCAAAGAUAGGGGAAUCGAAUGGACGACCUUUGGCAAUGUUAAGACCAAGUGCUUCCCUUAGUGCCGCUUUAAACUUAUUAAUUCAUGCUCAAGUAAGUUCAAUACCAAUAGUUGACGAUAAUGAUUCAUUGCUUGAUAUAUAUUGUCGGAGUGAUAUAACUGCUUUGGCAAAGGACAGAGUUUACACACACAUUAAUCUUAACGAAAUGACCAUCCACCAGGCCUUGCAAUUGGGGCAAGACUCGUUUUAUCCAUAUGAGUUGAGAAGUCAAAGGUGCCAGAUGUGUUUACGCUCUGAUUCACUGUUUAAAGUAAUGGAGCGGUUUGGUAACCCAGGUGUAAGGCAAGUGAUCAUAGUAGAGGCUGGGAGCAAACGGGUCGAAGGCAUUGUCACUCUGAGCGACAUUUUCAGAUUCUUGCUCAGCUAGUUCAAUGGUGGCACUGGCAGCUCUACACAGGGGGUUCUCGAUUACAAUCGCGCCAUCUCAGCCAGGCAGCUUCCAUGGCUGCUGAAUCCCAAUGUGUUGCGGGUAUCGGCAGGCCUUCUAACUCUCUUCUCCGGCAACACAUGUUGGAGAAAAUCGAGCCAUGAAAGAGGAAGGCAGCGUGAUUUAAUCCGGGAGGUUUACGCCUUGCUAAUUGCGAAGUUUGUGUGAAAAGUCUUCCUAGCAACCUGAACCAGCUACCUCCUGUCAUUUUUUUCAGCAUUAGGGUUGUAUUUGUAGGCAGGAGCAAGCAAGAAUGGGUUCUGUAGUAGACUAGUAGUUAGUUUAUUCUAUGCCUCCCAAGCAGGAGAGGGAGAGAAACCAGUUAACCCACAUCAAGAAGAGAUUUGUCAAAAAAAAAAAAAAAGAAAGAAAGAGUUGAAAAGGAAAAAAAGAAAAAUCCAAGGAAAAGGAGAGAUGGAGAAUUAUAGCUCAUAUGAUUGCAUUCUAGUUUAGAAGUCCCAUCAAUCUAAUCUGAUACAUUUGUGAAAGCGCUUAAUUUUGACUUGAAGUUGUGAUUGUUAAAUAGACAUAU